CCUAUAUAAACGCUAUACCUGUAUACCACCCGUAACUUUCACCCAAGGCUUUCUUCUUUCUCAUCAAUAGGCCAUAAUUACGUACUUAAUUAUGGCAUAUCAUACGGUUUCUCCAGCCAACUUCACCACCGUGGAAUGCCAUAAACAAGUCCGCUCAUGGCGACUUCUCCGCUCCAUCUUGGAACUACUCAUCCAAGCUUGCACCUGCACCCUUGUGGAAAGACCAGAUUUCAACGAUGACAAUCCUCCAAUUCACCCUUACCACCACCGCAAACCCUCUUCUUUAGUCUUCCCGACCACCGCCACCAAUAUCACCGGCACCAUCUUCGGUUCACGCACCGGAAAAGUCAGCUUCUGUAUCCAAACAAACCCUAAAUCACAAAACCCAGUCCUCCUCCUUGAACUCACAAUCUCCACCACCUUUCUCGCCCGGGAAAUGAAAAGUGGCAAUCUGAGGAUCGCCCUCGAGUGCUCGAAUGAUUCAGAAGCAUCUCCAGAUAAAUCUCUCUUGGCUACUCCAUUGUGGACCAUGUACUGUAAUGGAAGAAAAGUAGGGUUUGCAUUCAAGAGACAACCAUCAGCAUCCGAUCUCAAAGUUUUAAAGCACAUGGAAAUGGUUCAUGAAGGUGCAGGGACUUUAAAAGCAAAAGAUGUCGAAAGAAAACAGGAUAUAAUGUACCUAAGAGGAAACUUUAGUAGGGUUACUGGUAAAUCCAUGGCUCGAUCAGAAUCCUUCCAUUUCAUCGACCCUGAUGGUAACAUCGGUCAAGAACUCAGUAUUUUCUUUUUCAGACCAAAAUAAGAUAAUUUUUUCGAUCUUUAUUAUGUUAUUCGAUCACAAGCUUUUUGCUUAUGUUAGGCUCGGUUUGUUUUUGAGUUGUGCUAGAAUUUGUUAGCAUGGCUUUCAUUGUUACUCCCCACCUUUUGAUCGGGUCACUGGUUUAUAAUUCGUAUUUUGUGAUAUAUAUAUAACACUUCGAAUUUGCCAUAAA